ACACAUUUGGAGGGAAAGAGCACCCAUGGUUUUGCAAUUUUUUUCUUUGCCCUAGUUGCAUCCAAGUCCAAAGUCCAAGCAGAGAGAGAGAGAGACGCUGCCUCAGUCGUCUCGUCUCGUCACGACAGCACAGUACACAAGCCUCCUCCUCCUCUUCAGCAGCUGCUUCACACUCACACUGCCUCCUCUCUCUCUCUCUCUCUCUCUCUCCAUCUUGCUGCUAAAUCCAUCCGCACCUAAUCCGGCGUGCGGUGCGGGAGCAAGCAAGGAAUCCACCCCCCCGUGGCGACAAGAGAAUCGGAUCGAGGGCGUGCAGGCGCAGCUGGCGAGCGAGCGAGCAGGGGAGGAGGGGAAGGAAAGCUCUUGGUACACCCAACCGUAGAGGCGGAGAGGGCAUCGGCUCAGACGGUGGCUGCAGUGCAGGCCUCAGCUGGGGUCCUCGGCUCGGAUCUGGGGAGGACGCGCCGCGGCGGAGGCGAUGCAGGGUUCUUGGAGCGGUGUGGAAUUCGGCAAUGCGGAUGGGUUUCUCCUGGUGGUGUUUCUUGCUGCAGCAUUUUCUUUGUUCUUUGACUUGUUGAGGGUUUGCUUGUAGUGAAAUUCUGCACCCAAUGAAUUAUACAUACAAUAUAUAAGAUGGCAACAGAGGUCACUCAGAAUUAUUUUGCAUGGUCACAGGAGGAAUCACCUGUGCAAGACAGCUCUCAGGGAACACCACAAGUGUUCGACCAUGGUUCCAUAUCUUUUGGAAGAUUUGAGUUGGAAUCACUAGCAUGGGAGAAGUGGUCUGUAUUUGCCAAUGAUAGGCGCCAUGAAGAGUUUGGCAAGUUCAAUGGUUUGGUUGCUAAGAAGAAGGCAUACUUCGAAGAAUACUUCAAGAGAAUUAGGGAGUUAAAGGCUUUACAACAACAAAACCAGCAAACUGAACUUAAUCUUGACUAUAGUGGUGAUGGUAGUGAUUCUAGUCAGACAGGAGAGGAUGUGCCAACUGCAGAUCAGGCAUCUCCUUCUGGAUCUGGAACCCUUCUUGAUUCCAUGGUACAAACAGGUGUUCAGACUAUAUUUGAGAAUGAUUUGGAAUGCUAUGAUGAUAAUGACAAAGAGAUGUUAGAUAAGGAUAUUUCUCCAUCAGUUGGAGGCACAUGUCAAAUUGAGCAAGAAUUCAGAGAAAGUGCAAGCGGUGGUAAUCAUCCUGACAGAAUGGUGGAUGUGUUGCAGCAAAACACCAACUGUGGUCCAGAUGAUCUGGGAAGGCCCAUGGAGUCUAUGAUGACUCCGAAGAGAACUGUCAAGAAAGAUUCACUGGUUGGUCAAGCUGCAAAAACAAUGCCAAAGACUGUCAAUAUGACUUCUAGUAAUAUUCCGGGUCAUGCAGUUGUUAAUAAGGGAACUGAUUCAGGCAAAUCCAGUGUGGUGAAUCGUAGAGCCAAGCCAGAAACUAUUCAGCAAAGGCUAAAAGCAGUAACUGGCAAUAUUGUUGACAUCGUUGGAAGAAGCAAACUUGUGGUAAAAGAAGUCCCUGGUAUAAUGGGUGUUAGAAGACCUUCCUCUCCAGCACUACAACGCCCCUCCACCAGGGAACGACGACCUGUCACCAGAGAUAGUUCACGGAAGGCUCCUGAAGUUGCCACCAUGUGCCGGCCUUCUACUGCUGAAAGGCGCCCUGCCACCCGGGAGUUGGCACCAAAGCAAGCCAACACAGUUGUUCCGUGUCGACCAUCUACACCAAACAGGCGCCCUAUGACCAGAGAGUUGGCGCCAGUGCAUUCAAGCAUUGCUACCCCACGUCGACCUUCUACUGCUGAAAGGCGCCCAAUCACCAGAGGGAUGGCACCAAUGCAUCCUAGCAUUGCUACCCCAGUUCGACCUUCCACUGCUGAGAGGCGCCCUACCUCAAAACAGAUGGCUCAAAAGCAUGUUGGUAUGGCCACCCCAUCUCGGCCAUCCACUGCUGAAAGGCGACCUAUCACCAGAGAGGCUGCACGGAAAAACGCUGAUGUUGCCAUCUUGCAUCGACCUUCUACUGCCGAGAGACGCCCUAUCACCAGAGAGACUCCACAGAAGCAUGCUAACGUUGUCGCACUGCAUCGGCCUUCUACUGCGGAGAGACGACCUGUUGUUAGAGAGAUUGCUCCAAAGCAUGCUGAUGUCACUCUCACUCCUGCACGCCGGCCAUCUACCUCUGAAAGACGCCCUGUCACCAGAGAGACUGCACUGAGGCACAGUAAUUUCACCGGUUCAUGUUGGCCUUUGACUCCUCAAAGGCACAUCAGCAGGGGAAGUGCACAAAUACAUGCUGACGUUAGCACCACCCCGCGUCAUCCAUCUACUGGAGAAAGGCGCCCUAUCACCAAAGAGAGUAACAUAAAAUUGGAUGAAAAAACACCUAUCAAGUUGAGAGGCAUGCUGGCUAACCCAAAGGGUGCUAUGGCUACAGUAGUCACUCCCCAGAAGGCAAUUACUCAAAAGCUUGUUAAGAGUAGCAAGCCAGAAAUGAAAAGUUGUGCUAAAGAGAGGACAGAACUUCAAGCAGUUGGGAAACACAAAGCAAGUUCUGUUAACCUUCCUCCAAGGGAAAUGUUUACUUCAAAUGUUAGAGCCAAUCGAGUCCCAGAAAGCUUCAGAAAGCCAAACAAGGGCAUUCAGGAGACAGCGAGAUCUCAAAUAUCCUCAUCAAAGAGUGCAACUCCUGCACAGACUAGAAGUAUAAAGACAAGGGCUCCCAACCCACCUCCGCCUCCUCCCCCACCGCGGCGACCUUCUCAGAUAUCCAGCAAGACAAACACAAAUAACUUGUCUGUUGGUGGAAGGAAGCCCAAGGCUUCUACUCCACACUGGCACUAACCCAAUCGAAAGUCUCCAAUCUAGGAUCCUGCAGAACAAGAUAGCUGUGAAAAAAUGUGAAGAAAAAAUGAGGCAUUCGACGCAUCUAAAAGCAUUAACCGUGCUGUUCCUCGUUAUCUUCUGUCAUUAGUCGUUACUAGUACCACUUACCAUCACUUUUUGUCACCUAUUAGAAGUAACCGAUGUAGUGUUCGUAUCUACCAAUCUGUAAUAUGUCCAGUUCUCCACUAAUCCCGUAGUUCUACCGUCCAAGAAUUUACCUAGAACAUUGUAUAUACCUGAAAUAAAUGGAGCUUUUGGCUGAUGAACCUUGACCAACGAGAUCUUCGAAGGUAGGCUGCAGUUCUUGAAUUGUUGAAUUA